AUGGCACCUCCUUCAUCGGUGAUUUCGAAGCUUAAAGUGCAGCUCAAGCUGUCAAUAUCACGCCUACGUAUGGUGCAGCAAAAGGACACGGCACUAGCAAAACAGGCCCGGCGGUCCAUGGCCCAGUUGCUCGAGCAAGGGAAGAUCGAGUCCGCGCGCAUCCGCAUCGAAAACAUAAUCCGGUCGGACAUCACGACCGAGCUACACGAGAUCCUGGAGCUAUACUGUGAGCUGCUGCUUGCGCGGUCGCAGCUGCUCGACCCGCCGUCAUCCAGCCCCUCGUUGCGCGCAACCUCGCCCAGCAACGCGCCCUGCGACCCGGGCCUCGAGGAAGCAGUGCGCAGUCUGAUCUACGCGGCGCCGCGCACCGAAGUCAAGGAGCUGCAUUCGGCGCGGGCGCUGCUGGUCGAGAAAUUCGGCAAGGACUUUGCGCUGUCGGCGAUGGAGGGCGAGGGCGUGGCCGACCGCGUGCUCAACAAGCUCAAAGUCGACACGCCAAAACCCGAGCUCGUCGACGCGUAUCUAAGGGAGAUUGCAAAGGCGUACGGCGUGCGCGUGCCGGGCGACGCGGGAUCAGACGACGAGCAAGAGGACGCGGCGGGUGGUGAAGAGGCAAAGGGCGGUGACGACGAUGACGACGACGAGCCCAGCGGCGGCCAGAAGGUCAAGGCGCUAGAGGCGCCCCUCGAGGCCGAGGAACUGAGCAAGGCGACGCCGCCGCGCAAGCUGGGUCCCGCCAGCCCGCUGCGCGUCGCCCCGCCCAGCCCGAGCAGCGAGAACGUGUCGCCAAAGGUGAAGCUACCGGGACCGCCGGAGUUGCGGCCGGGUGGGAAGCUGAAGAAGGUCGACGAGGAGAGCAAGGCUGACAAGGGGCCCGGAGGCAAGAUCCCGGACGUGGAUGAGCUGGCCAAGCGCUUUGCCGCGCUGAAGCGGUAG